GGUAUUUUUAGUAAUGCUAAUCAUCAGACAUUUGACUUAAUAAAAUGUGGUCAUGGUCUGUAUUUUAAUCAUUUGUGCUUAUGGGCCAUUUGUUUGUUGAACUAUUGAGGCAUGUACUACCGUAUGAAGAAAAAGAAGCUUCAGAAGACAUGCAAGGAUGUGAGUGACUGCCCUAGGGAGUAUUCAAUUGGAUAUGUUCCUAAUUCUGAAGCCGACUGGAUGCAUUCAAAGAAAUUUAUGAUGUCAAUGUGUGCUCGAAAGCAUCUUAGUUGCUAUGUCUGUUCUAUUAAGCCUGCUAUUAGGCACUAUGUGUGUGAGAUGAACAAGACUUUUACAAAAGCUCGGCAGAGAAUGUAUUUCUCUACUUUGUUCACUGAGAAGCACCUGAUGAAGUUUCUCUCUACUCUGGUCGAUCGAAUGCGGAUUAAUCUUUCACCUGGGCGUUGUUUAAUCUAUGUUCGAUUGAUGAAAGGGGUUGACAACAGGGCUGCUAUAACACAUAACUAGAGCCGCUUUGCGGAAAGAGCAAAGCUGAAAGAAGGGGAAAUCUAUGUCUUUUAUCUCCGAGAUUUCAAGGGGGUGCCAGUGC